AUGUCGGGUGCUCUGAUCAAUGGAUUGGCUGGAGCUGGUGGUGGGAUCAUUGCUCAACUCCUCAAUGAGUUGUCUUCGCUGCAAGCAAGAGCCGAAAAGCUAGAGGCUGCAUCAUCAAAGGUACUUGGCGGUGACAAAUCAAAGAUCCGGAAAAUAGAAGAGUUAAAAGAAACCAUCAAGGUCACUAAGGAUGCAAAAAAUGUUGCCAUCAGAGAGUAUGAGCGGAUCAAGGAUAACAACCGAUUUGAAGUUGAGAGGUUGGAUGGAGAAAGGCGUGCAGACUUCAUGAACAUGAUGAAGGGGUUUGUUGUUAACCAGGUUGGAUACGCAGAAAAAAUUAGCAAUGUCUGGGCAAAAGUUGCAGAAGAGACGAGCCAAUACGAUAGAGAGAAGCAUAUCAGCUAACAAACACAGGAAAAAGAGUGAAUGCUGUUCAUUUUGGUAUAGCCAUACCACUAUCAUGUUUGGCACAGAAUCA